AUCUUAAAAAAAAAAAAGGGUCUUGCUGCAAAGCGGAGGAACAUUCAUGUUCGCGGGACAGAGCCAGGGCAGCUGCACCAAAAACCUCACUGAACAUCAGGUUUGGUACCCCCCGCUUCCCGGGCGGAUACGCGCCUUACAGCGCGUCCAAAGUACUGGGCCUCAGUGGGCGGGCUGAGACGUCAAAGGCCAAUGAACUACCGGCAGAGCCUUCAUCGCACUUUCCGGUUCGGUGGGCGUGGCCUGGGUUUCCAAGCCAAUGAGAAUGUGUGGGUGGGGCCUGAAUCAGCGUAGGAAAUGGCGGCAGCUGCGGAGGCCCUGCCCGCCUGCCGCCAUGCUGCCCCUGCUCCUAUGCCGGCUGUGGCCCCGCAGCCCUCCCACCCGGCUCUUCGCAGAGGCCACACGGCAGCGGUCUGGCCCCAGUAACUACUAUGAACUGUUGGGGGUGCAUCCUGGUGCCAGCCCUGAAGAAGUUAAACGAGCUUUCUUCUCCAAGUCCAAAGAGCUGCACCCUGACCGAGACCCUGGGAACCCGGCCCUGCACAGCCGCUUUGUGGAGCUGAGCGAAGCAUACCAAGUGCUUAGCCGGGAGCAGAGUCGCCGCAACUACGACGACCAGCUCCGCUGGGCAACUCCCCCAAAGUCUCCAGGAACCACAGCCCAUCCCAGGUCUGCUCAUCAAACACACAGCAGCUCCUGGACAACCCCCAAUGCACAAUACUGGGCCCAGUUUCAUCGCGUGAGGCCUCAGCGACCAGAAUCAAGGCAGCAGCAGCACAGACACAACCAGCGUGUGCUAGGGUACUGCCUCCUGAUCAUGCUGGCAGGCAUGGGCCUGCACUAUGCUGCCUUCAGGAAGCUGGAGCAGAUGCACCGUAGCUUCAUGGAUGAAAAGGAUCGGAUCAUCACAGCCAUCUACAAUGACACACGGGCCCGGGCCAGGGCCAACAAAGCCAGGCUCCAGCAGGAGCAACAGCAGAGGCAGCAGCUGCAGCCACCACCCGGGCCUCCCCCAGACCCAGGGAUAGUGCCCCCAGGCACCAGCCCAUGAGCAACUCACCUGGAUGGGGCCUGCUGUGUUCCCUCCCGGGACUCUCCACUCCCCAAAAUGCAUGCAAUAAAGUGGUUCACUGC